AUGUCUUUAAAUGUUUCCAUAUUGCCCGAUAUCGAAGCUAUAGAAAAUUUACCACAAUAUUGUAAUUAUCACAGAUUUCUUCUGGUGGAAGAAUUGUUGCUGGUGGAUGAUUAUUCUUCCUUGCAUUACGGUAAAUGUCGUUUGAUCGGAAGGGUAUUUGCCGCACCGAAUGAAAUCUAUCUGGAAAACAUUGAGAUUCCCAAUAUUCCAGAAGAGUGCGCCCUAACUGAGGGGACAUUGCAAAUACGUUUACAUGCAACAGCUGCAUCUGCAAGCAUAUUUCCCACUCUGGAACAUGGCAAAUAUUUUGAAAUUUUAGGAGAAGUCAUAUUGCUUUCCAAUUCUAAUAAUCCAGAUAGAGAAAAUCUAACGUCCAGAGGAGUGGUAGAACGUAUGCAAUCCCCCUUAAAACCGGAAAACAAGCAAAAUUUAAUGCAAUAUUUCAAAAAACAUUACAAGCCUGCAGUAAACGUUUGGUUCGUCUCUCAAAUUAAUGAAGCACCUGAAUUAAUAUCACGUAAUUUGGAAGUGCGUAUGUUGGAGUCAAUCAGCCUUCAGUAA